CUCACUGAUAGGAUGCUCUUUAUCGAAGCCCUUGCCGAACAUCAACGGCGUACCCAACGGCUACGUGCACUUCAAGAUUCGGAGGAGCGUGCUGCGCUUGACGGGGUGCCGCAGCUGGCGGAUUCGCUUGUGGACCUAGCCAACGUGGAAGUCUCCCGGAUCUACGAGCUGCAAUUGGAGAUUGAGUCCGAGUGCCGAGCUGUGCGGUCGGAGGUGGCGGCAGUGGAGGGGCGGCUGGGGCAGGUGGCGGAGGCGGUACGGCAGCUGGGGGACUCACUCAAGCUGCUGGGAGACUUUGAAAACUACGUGUCCGUGCUGUCGGAGCGAGUGGAGCGAGUCACGUCCGCCCUGCUAGCCCGGCAGCAGGAGCAGGUACGACAGCGGCCGCAGCAGGGGCAGGAGGAGCAACAGUAGGAGCAGCACGAGUACCGGUCGCAAGGCGAGCGCGGUAACGGCAGCGGGCCGGUAGCACCAGAAGCGCCAGCAGCAGUAGCAGCCUCACCAACCCGCUGCAGCAGCUGCCCCUGCUGCCGCUGUUGUAAUGAUGUGCGGUGCUGAGGAGGCGGUGUGGCGUAUCGCCGAGGCAGUGCGGGCCCUCGCACGCCGCCAUGCCGCUGUACGGCGGGCCAGCUCCCGACUGUCGUACGACCUAGUUGCUGUCGUACAGGCCGGCCUGCGCCCCGCCUGCCUGCUGGACUAUGUGGGGGCGCUGCCUGAGGGGCCGCUGCUGACGCUGGCGGGAGAGGUGGCGGGGGCGAUGGGAGCGGAUGUCGUGGUGCUCAGCCUGGACGGGUGCCACUUGCUGGGCCGGCGGGACGCACUGACCGCGC